ACAAACCAUAAAGCAAAAAAAUCCCCUCUCUCUCUCUCUGUGUAAAAGCUUUACCCUCUCUGUUCACUCUGCCACCCCAAAGUUUCAGUACCUCUCCUGCAAACCCCAUUAUAGCUAAGCCCGUCGUAAAACCCACCCUUUUCCAUCCCCACCUUUCACUGUUCCCACCCAUUCCCGCUUUCUCUUCUAAAAAGCAAGUAGCUGAAUCUAUUUCCCACUUGUAUACUGGCUCUCCCAACGAUGGAAGCUUUCAGCUUGCUCAAGUACUGGAGGGGGAGCGGGGGUAUUAACAGCGGCGGCGGCGGAGGAGGUGGGGGAGACUCCGCGAGAACUGCCGGUACCACUACAAUCGUUGCUGCGGUGGCUCAUAAUGCGGCGGAGACUGACGACGAUGACGACGACGAUGGGCCGUUCUUUGAUUUGGAGUUCGCUGUUCCUGACGAAGAGGACGAUGCGGAAGGUGGAGAUAACGAAACCCAGAACAGAGAACAAGAGGGAGCCAACUGCGAGAACGAAAGCGAUGAAGAAGAGGAAGAUGAAGAAGAAGAAGACGAGGAGGAGAGAGAGUUCAACUUCACGCUUUCCUCUGGUUCCAGCAACGACCGUGCGGAUCCGAAUCUGUCAUUGUCUCCUUCCGAUGACCUGUUCUUCAAGGGAAGACUCGUGCCGAUUGAGCCUUCCUCCCUCGUUUUCAACCCCUCCGAACCCAAUUCCAAGCAGCAGCCGCAGUUAUUCCCUGUCUCGUUGUUGAAAUCCGCCACCAAGUUCCGUGUCUCCAUGCUCGGCCUCAAGAAAUCGAAAACAACCGCAAAUGCUGCCGGCCAGAAAACAGAGCCAAAUGGGUCUGUUACCUCUGCUCCCAAAAAACAACAAGAAGAAGAAACACAGCAAAAGCAAGAACAGCCGCAGAGCAAGUCUUUUACUGUGAAGUUCAAGGUGGAGGAAGUUCCGAUCGUUUCCCUGUUCACCAGAGACAGCUCGAGAAGCGCUUCCGGGAACAACAAGGCGCAGAAUAAGCCGACCAACGUGGAAGAGUCGGUUCCCGACGAGAAGCGCUUCUCAAAGGACGUAAUGCAAAAGUAUUUGAAGAAGGUUAAGCCUCUCUACGUUCGGGUCUCCAGAAGGUACGGCGAGAAGCUGAGGUUUUCGGGGCAGCUAAGCCCCGGCGCCGGUGCCAAGGCUGCGCCGCCGGGAACCGCGCAGGCCCAGAAGCCGGCGGCUGAGAAGGCUCAAGCUGAACCGGAGGCUUCUGAUCAGGGCUUGGUGGCCAACAAUGUGAAGAUCAGUCAAAGGUUGAGAGUGGUCUGCAAGCACUUGGGGAAGAGCCGGUCCGCUUCGUCGGCGGCGGUGGCUGCAGCCCCGACGGGACCUAUUGCGUCGAAAAGGAGAGACGAUUCUCUGUUGCAGCAACAGGAUGGGAUCCAGAGCGCCAUUCUGCACUGCAAGCGGUCCUUCAAUGCCUCUCGAGAUUCGGAGUCUUCUCUACUGUCACGGUCUGUGAGCAAUCACUCGCAUGAGAAAUAGGGAGGAAGCAGUUGGUCUAAAGUGGUGAGCUGCUGUCACGAUCAGUUCGAUCUUUGAGGUCUAGAAUAUAUAUAUAUAUAUAUAUAUAUCAGCUUUGUUCUUUGUAAAUGCUUUUAUAAACCAAAAAAAAAAAAGGGAAGAAAAUUAGGUGGAUGAAAGAGUUGUCUCAUGUCUAUUGAAAGAUGACCGAGUGGUAGAGCAGAUGUGUAAAGCUCAUCUUUCCUUGAAAGUGAAAGCAGAAUCAAAUCUUUGUAUCUAUAUAUAUAUAUAUAUGUAUAACUUUGUAGUAAUCAGUAGCCACCACUUAGCCCACUCCCUGAAGCACCAGUAAUUUCUUUCAAUGGGUUUAUUUACUCUUUGUUCUUAUUAUUAUGAUGAGUAUUAUAUAAUCUGUGUGUUUGCUUGU